AUGGCGUCUAUUAUCGAAAAGAUCAAGGAGACUGUUGUUCCCUCCAACAAUGAGGGUUACAACACCAACACCAACACCAACUCCAAUGAGCCUCCCAGCUACAACGAGUCUACACACCCCAACUCCAAUGCCAACUCUGGUUUAUACAACUCUGUGACAGAGAACAACACCCAGCAACGCGAGUUCAGCUCCGGUGCCUCUGCACCUCUGGAGUCAACCAGCACCCAGAAUGAGGGUGUCCGAACCGGCGACCGAAUCAACUCGCUGGUAGAGAACGUGCCCGGAGUUCCCUCUUCCUCUACCCAGAAGCAGUCUACAUUUGAUACACCCUCGUACCAAAACGACAUGCACCACGAUACUUCUUCCCAAACUCCCAUCGAUGCGGCUCGUGCACCUCCUUCUGCUUUGAAGAAGCAUCUUGGCGAGCCUAAGAUUGAGCAUGAUUAUCCUCAUGAGAGUUCGACAAAGAGACAUUCUUCUGUUAGUCACCAGGAGGAGCACUACAACCUUAAUUAG